CUUUUUUGUUUACAUGUGGUUUAAACUUUAGAAUUGUUUUGAAUUUUAUGAAAUUUAUUAGAAAAUCAAAUUAAAUAAUGGGUAAAAAGGACAAAAACAAAAAGAAAGGAAAAGGUGCUGAAAAGACUCAAGCAAAAACCGAGAAAAAAUUGUGUAAUAAGCUGAAAAAGGAACUCAAAGAUCUAGGAGAGGAUGACAUAGAAAGCAUAGUAGCCCAAAUCGAAAAAGAAGAAAAAAAACGUUCUCAGGUAAUAGAAUUACAAGUGGAACCUCCAUCCAGAAGGGUCAAUUUCACCUUUGUAGCCCAUCCUGACAAAGAUCAACUGAUUUUGUAUGGUGGAGAGUACUUUAAUGGUCAAAAGACCUUUGUAUAUAAUGACCUCUUUUUUUACAAUUUAACAAACAACACUUGGACCUUAGUUAAAGCCCCGGGUGGCCCACCUCCGCGAUGUGGUCAUCAAAUGGUGGCCACUUCUGCCAAUAAGGGGCAACUGUGGGUUUUCGGUGGAGAGUUUGCUAGUCCUACUCAGUCCCAAUUUUACCACUAUAGGGAUUUAUGGGUUUAUCAUAUCUCCAAGAAACAAUGGGAAAAAGUGGCUGCUCCAGAUGGCCCGAGUGCCAGAAGUGGUCACAGAAUGGUUCUGGUGAAAAAACAACUAUUUGUUUUUGGUGGUUUUCAUGAUAACCUUAGAGACUAUAAGUAUUUUAAUGAUGUUCACGUUUUUGAUUUGGAAACAUACAAGUGGAAAAAGCUGGAGCCUGUCGGCACCCCUCCUGCACCCAGGUCAGGUUGUUGCAUGACACCACUUCAAGAUAGUAAAAUUCUCGUCUACGGAGGCUAUAGCAAAGAAAAAAUUAAAAAGGAUGUGGAUAAAGGUCAUGUUUAUACUGACGCGUUUGUUUUGGGGCCUGAUAAACAUGAUCCCAACAAAUAUAAAUGGCAACAAGUGAAAAUUGGAGGGCAACACUUUUCGCCUAGAUGUAGCAUGCCUGUGGUCACCACAGUGAAUAGCAGUAGUGCUUAUUGCUUUGGAGGAGUUUUUGAUACAGAAGAUGAUGAGGAAGACAUCUCAGGCAAUUUCUUCAAUGAUUUUUACCAGCUGGACUUGGAGAAAAUGGUCUGGCGAGAGAUGCAAUUAACUGGCAAAAGGGAGAAAGAAAACAAACCAAGGAGAAGGAGAAAAGAGGACGGAGAAGAAGACGAGGAGAAUGAAAAUGGCAGCCAAAUGGACACGGAACAGCCAAUAGUGGAACCAACAAUAAUUUCCGAUGAUGGCGUGUUUAAGGUUACAAUUGGACCGGCGGCAACCUCUUCAGGAGAUGUCGGCUCCAAAACUGAAGAAGAAAAACUGAAUUUAUUCCAGCCUAGUGCCAGAAUGAAUUGCGGAUUGGCUAUUAAACAUGGCAUACUUUACUUGUAUGGAGGAAUGUUUGAGGAUGGAGGACGCGAAUUAACGUUCAGCGACCUCUACAGUAUCGAUUUAAAAAAAGUGGAUGAAUGGAAGGUGAUAAUCGAAGAUGAUUCUUCUAAAAUGGAGUGGCUGGGUUCUGAUAGUGAAAGCGGAUCGGAUGAGGAUGAUAGUGACGAGAGUGAAGAGGAUAGCGACUCUGAGAUGGAUACGGAUUAGGAUAUAAGAUGAAACUGGUAUACUUUUAAGAAUAACUGUCAAAACUUUAAAAUAAAAUUGAUUUGUCUUUAAAAGCAA